AUGGAUAUCGAUGUAAGUAAAGAAAAUAUCCAACCUUUAAGAGGCGGCAGAAACCUAUUGCAGUUGGGUACAGCCUUACAAGCUCAAUCUGAUGUUGAUGCCCAAAAACAGCUGCAACAUCAAAAAGAAGAACAUGAAGCAGCCAUCAGACAUUACCAAGGACCCGACCCCUUAGAUCCUUGGUUCAAUUAUAUACAAUGGGUAGAGCAAUCUUUUCCUAAACAUGGCCAUGAAGGUCACAUGGAUAAGUUAAUUAAAGAUUGCUUACAAUUGUUUGAAAAGGAUGAAAGAUAUUAUCAAGACAGAAGGCUUAUAAAACUAUGGAUUAAAUAUAUUGAUUGCCUUUCAAACCCAUUGGAGAUAUAUCAAAGACUGCAUAACACUGGGAUUGGUGUUGAAUGUUCUGAAUUCUACAGAGCAUGGGCUUGUUAUUGUGAGGAGUCAGGAGAUUAUAAGAAAGCUAAUCAAGUGUAUAUGAUGGGACUCCAGGCUAAAGCACAGCCAUUAGAUGAAUUGGAACAGGCACAUAUGAAUUUCCAGUUGUUUUUUGCUCAACGAAUGUUACAUGAUGAUUCUCCAACAAAAAGGAAGGCAGCGUCUGCUCUUGCAGAAACUCGUUUGGCCCUCACUUCUUUAAAGUCAUUCAAGAGGCGUAACAUAGCUAGUGUGCCUGUACAAAGAAUAGGUGACAGUAUUAAAAGUGCUACUCCAGGGGUUGUGAGACAGCAAGGACAUGAUGGUAGAAACCCAACUUCUAAUGUCAUGCUUAAUGUAUUUGAGGAUGCACCAUCAACUUCUCAAGUCACAAUUCCUGUGGCAGAAGACCCAGGGCCUGCAUCAUUAGUUCAAGCUUGCAGCAAUAUUGAGAAUGAUAAAGAAGUGGGUAUCUGGACUAACCCCAAAACAAAAAUGGUGCACUCACAUAUUGUACCACACAAACCACUGCCAUUCACACCCUAUGAGGAUAGAGAUGAUGAAAUUAGACUUUCAGCCAACCACCUGCCUUAUUGUGUUGAUGAUUUAACAUUCAAUGUGCCUCUAUGUGUACCUGAUCCUGUAGAUCCAACAAAAAUAUCCUGUUAUAAUAAAUCUCAGGUAUAUAUUAACGAUAAGGAGUACAGUUUAGAAGAAAUAAGGUCAAAAAAAUAUAAUUUAGAGAAAACGAUAAAACCUAAAAGUGAUACAAAUGAGGAAUUGAGACAAAAAUUUAACAUGAAUGAAACACUGGCUCAAUGUAGUGCAUUAGAAACAUUAGCAAAUUGUGCCUUGGACAGUGAACAAGACCAUAUGGCACAGCUAAUGCCUUUUUCUACACCUUGUUUACAAAACUUUACAAAAAUCACAUCAAUACAUUCUCCUGGGGAACCUAAGGUUUUUGUUAACUUGGAUUCUAAAGAAGUCAGUGAACAUGCAACUAAGAAUGUUGAUGAGAAUCGUAAGCCACAUACAGAUAAAGAAAAUCAAUUAAAUCAACAUACUUCCCCUAGUUAUGGGGGUGAAAAUGGUACAAAUUAUGGUAAAAACAAUUUGAUGGAAGAGUUUAAUAGAAGUUUGAUGGGUAACCUUUUGGGAGAUUCAGUUACUGUGAACACAAAAGAAGCCAGAUGGGAGCUAAGAAAUAUAUUUAAUGACAAUGAACCAUCAAUGGUGCAGCCAAUGGUACAAGAACAAUAUGAUGUGCCAAAAUUUGAUAUACAUGAAGAUAGAUCUAUGACUAUGGCAUUGAAUACAAAGAAGACCUAUGAGCUGGCUGAAAUUCAGAGUCUACCUAAUGAUAAAGAAAAUGAGAAAAAAUUUAAUGCUCCUACUCAGAUGCCUCAGAUUAAUAAAACAGCUUAUUAUGAAGAACCAUCAUGUACUCAAGUGUUUAAUUUUAAUAUAAAGGAUGCUAGUACUCCAAACAUGUCUCAGUUCAAAAAACCAAUGAGCUCUAUUGAUCAGUCAAGUAAAUUUGCUACAAUGCCAAAAUUCAAUAUUGAUGACAGUGUAAUGGAACACCAAGAACAAAAUAUAAAAAGAGAAGAGACCAAGCAACCUACUGAUCAACAUGUUACUGUAGAUAAUCAAGGAGGAGGCCUUUCUGUUAUUAUGGAAGCAACACGCGAGUAUAAUAGCAAAUCUGGAUCUAGCUCUUCUGGCCAAUCCACAAGAACAAACUUCACUGGUUACACAACAAACUUUGAUUCAAUGUAUAAUCACAAUGAUCCAAUGCAUCAAAGUAAGAGAGCAUCUAUGCCAGCCCAAGCAAGACUGCCAAAUGGGCAAUUUGCAAGGUCUGGAAAUCAAAAACGGGAAGAAAAUAAUGUGGGCCCUAUGCCUUCUCCUGCAGUGCCUUUUCAUACACAUGAUCAUCAAUAUCAAAAACCAGUGCCUCAAAAUUUUAAUAAUGGUUACAAUUCACAAACUUCAAUGCACUUUCAACAAAAUUAUAACUAUCAGCAAGGGUACUCAAACAAUCAGAUGAUAAACCAGCAACAAAUGCUAGGCUUUGGAAGUCCUAAUCCUAAUGUGUAUCAUAGUCCUCAGCAUCCAGGCAUGCAAAGUCCCCAUGAAAUGAAGCCUCCAGUUCAAUCAGUGCCUACUGGCUUUCAGAGUCCAACAUAUUCUAAUCAAAUGGGGUAUCGAAGUCCAGGGCAUGCAAUGUUGAGUCCUCAACAUAAUUUUUCGGGUAGACAAGACUAUCAUUACGCCAAUCAACCUGAAAGACAAAACAUGUAUGGAAAUCAACAGCAAGCUGCAAUGUUCCAAAGCCCAACUCAUCAACCACAGUAUCAAAACUCCCAGUAUUACCAAAGACCUAGUCAGCUUCCAGCUCAAAGCCAAGCAUAUAGUCAACAAAACUUUCACGGUAUGCAAAGUCAAUAUACAAAUGCUAACAUGUAUGCUAACACAAGUCAUCAUACUACUAGCCCCAACUAUAGUACAGUACAAAGUCCAUACAGGCAUCCUCCUAAACCAAUUGAAGUUGAUCAAUCUGCAUAUGGCAUGAAUAACAAUCAGUCUUUCCAAGUUUAUCAAAGUCCGCAGCAAUGUCCACAACAAAGUAACUUUAGAAAUACAUCGUCGCAUACUCUACCCCAAGGAUCGUAUGGUGAUGUACAAAUGCGUCAAGAUGUCAACAAUACAGUUAAAGAAGAAAUGGACAAAAAUGCAAUGGUUAAAAGUUCAACUCCCCAUAAAAGCCCUACAGCUGCUCUGCGGAACAUCAGACAUGAUCAGCCGAAUACUAAAAUGGGACAAAAUUCGCCAGAUGUUGGAUUUUCGAAUCAGUUCCUGAACUUUAUUACCAAUAGAAAUGAACCGAAAGAUAACGCUAAUACUCCUAAAUUUACCAAUAGCCCAAGUAUAUCUCAAAAAAUGCAUAAAAACCUCUAUGUAUCAAGUCCAGAGCAAGCGCAAAUUCCGCCGUCUUCGGGGCUUUCGGAUUCAGAUAGUAAAGAUGGUAUGACAGCCCAGCCUGCCACACCAAUUCAAUCCGCAAAAGUUACUCAUAUGGUAGACAAAAACAAGGAUAUUUCCAAGCGACAGCUAGAUUUCGAACAUAGAGUUGACAUUCAAUCCGAAGACAGUAGGGACUCAGUUAGUAAGGAAAGCCGAAUCUCAUCUGUAUACUCUCGACAGUCAGACUUCCACUCCGAUGGCUAUGGCAUGGAUGUUGAUAGUGAAAAUAGCAUGGAGUGUGCUGCAUUUAAAUCAAACCAUUCCAUAUCCAUGAUAGACACAACAGAUAUCCCACGUCCAGCUGACAUUGACUUCCCCAAAGUAAUUGAUCCAUUCAAUAAGAAAAUGCUAACAUCAUUACUGGAGUAUGUGAAAUUUCCAAACAAAACACAUGCCGAUGGUUAUAAUGAAGUCAGGUCAAUUCCUAAACUUCAACUAGCAACAGUGAUGACUGUAGGUGGAUCUAAGUUUUCUGUUGAAAAGCAGUUAGGUAAAGGAAAUUAUGGAGCAGUAUUUUUGUGCUUAGACCUUCAUAGUAAUAAAUCAGUUGCUGUUAAAUAUCAAAAACCAAGUCGGCCUUGGGAGUUUUAUAUUUGUCAAGAAAUAAAAGCUAGAAUUAAGGAUCCCUUUAUGCUUCCAGGUUAUAUGGACAUAACAACAGCAUUUCUUGGAGACAAUGCUAGCUUGUUUGUAUCAGAAUAUUCUAAAUAUGGAUCUUUGUUAGAUGUCGCGAAUAAAGUGCGUGUAGCUACCUCAAAAUGUAUUAACGAGUUUAUUGUUAUAUUAUUGACGUCAGAGAUGUUGUCCAUAGUCCAUUAUCUUCACAAGGCGCAGAUCAUACAUGCUGAUAUCAAACCUGACAACUUUUUGUUGAUGAAAAUACCAACACAAGAAUGGAGAACUCCCUCACUUCAGCUAAUAGACUUAGGUUGUGCAAUAGACAUGUCAUUGUUUCCAGAGGGAACAACAUUUAGAGAGUUAAUUGCAACAGAAGGCUUUACUUGUACUGAGAUGAGAGAAGGAAAACCAUGGACAUAUCAAACAGAUUUGUAUUGUUUGGCUGGCACCAUUCAUGUUAUUCUAAUGGGAAGCUACAUGAAGGUAGCUAAUCGUUUAGGUCAAUGGAACAUUGACAAGAAACUUCCCAGGUACAUGAAGGUGAGUUUAUGGGAUAAGAUAUUUACAACUCUGCUCAAUGUGCCUGAUUGCAACAAUCUACCUGACCUAAUGGAUCUCAAAGCAGAUGUAGAUAAUGUUUUGAAUGAAAUGGACAGUCUCGGUUCUCAACUCCGUAAUUUUGCUAAUGUGCUUAAAUGUAGGUAAAUAAAAGUUAAUUAAAGAAAAUUGUAUUUAUUGCAUUUAGAAAUUAUAAUGAUUGUAAAUCUGUAUUAUUAAAUAUACAAGUUAUAUUUGAUGAAUUUCAUGGAGAAAAAUUAAAGGCCUUCUAGAUCUUGUGUUACUGGCAAUAAUAUCAGAAUCUAACAGUUUUAACAUAUUUUAAUUGUUGUGUUUAGUUAAAAUUGUGAUAAUGUAUUUUUAGUUUUUCUUUGUUAGUAUAUUAUGAAUACUUGGCUUAGCUCUUCUUGUUAGGUGAAUGUUGAGACAUUACUUAGAUUUCGUUUAUUUUUGUAAAACAUUGUGCACUUCAUAUCUUGGUUGGAUUGUAAUGACAAAUAAACAAACACAUGUUUAAAAA